AUGGCGAAUUCUCUCUUCUUCAUGCCAACAAACCAAAACUCCACUGAAAACCCAAAUGAUAGUGUGAGAAACACUUACCCAGUCAACGGCUCGGGUGAGAUCCAGACACAGCCGCCACAGAACACUCGUGGUCGGAAACCGGGAUCUAAAACCUGUCCGCAAAAACCGAAGAAACAGCCGCAGAGAGGGAUGGGUGUAGCAAGGCUCGAGCGACUCAGAAUCGAAGAAGAAAGGAAAAACAUGCUCAUGGCCCUAGGAGGAAGAGCUAGCCCUAACGGUACCCUAUCACCUGACCCAGGUGUUGUGUUACAAGGCUUCCCAAGCUACGCGGGUGGGCCCAACAUGUCUGUCGGAGGAUAUACUCUAAAUAGGGUUGUCGGGUCGGGUCAGAUCCCGGUUUAUAACCCCUCCAAUAAUCGCUGUGAUACUUGCUUCAAGAAGCAACGUAUCGAUGGAGAUCAAAAUGUGGUACGAUCCAACGGUGGUGGUUUUUCGAAAUACCCAAUGGUUCCACAUCUUGUUUCACCAGAUCAGAGGAGCCAAGGCUUCUUAUACGAUCAUAGAGUCGCCAGUUAUUCAACUCCACCUUCUGCUUCCAGUAAUCAGGUUUUUAACCAGGCGAUAAGUCAUAGGGGCUCAAUGGAGGAAACUGGGAGCGAAAACCCUAGAAAUGAAACAAGAGAUGUGAAGGAGUACGAGUUUUUUCCUGGGGCCUAUGGUAAUAAACCAGUUUCAUCAGUGUCUACAUCACUAGGUGAUUGCGGUCCUAGCACAUCCACCAUCGAUUUGUCCUUGAAGCUUUAA